AUGAAUUUGUCCGAAGAAUAUCUUGGACUAUCAAAUGAAAUUUAUGAAGAGUUAAAAGACGAAUUAACUGAUAUAAUUCAUUCUGCAUGGAAAAUGAAUUUCAAUCAAACAGUGAAAGAUUUUGAAUUUGAUUCAAUUCUUGGUGUUUAUCAUCUUUUAAAAUUAUCUUCAUUCAAUCAAUGUCAAUUUCAUUUCAUUUCAAGUAUUUCAUCAGCUUCAUCAGGUCUUUUACAAAUUAUUAAAGAGAAACCAUUGCCUGAACAAAUACAAAUUGCAUUACCACAAGGUUAUGGACAAAGUAAAUUCAUUAGUGAACAUUUAUGUUGGAAAGCGAAACAAAUUUCAAAUAUUCAAAUAAAGAUUUAUCGUGUUGGUCAAAUUAGUGGAGAUACACUGAAUGGAAUAUGGAAUUCAACAGAAACGGCUGCAAUGAUGAUUUAUGCAGGUGCAGGACAAUUACAUAAAAUGCCAAAUAUUGGAAAUGAUAUUAAUUGGAUACCUGUAGAUAUUUGUAGUCAAACAUUAGUUGAAUUAGCAUUGAAAUCAUCGGAAGAUCAACAUGUUUAUCAUCUUAUGAAUCCAAAUUGUAUUGAAUAUCAAAAUUAUUUAGAUUUACUUCGUGAAAGUGGACUUCGAUUUGAUAUUGUUUCUAAAGAUGAAUUUCUUGAUGCAAUUUUAACUACAACGGAUCAAACUAAUCCAUUAAUUAAAUUAUCAUCGUUUUUAGAACAAAUCUAUCGAAAGAAAGAUAAUUCAAAACCAUCAACAACAUUUCAAACAGAAAAAACUGUUGAACAUUCACAAACUUUAAAAAAUUGUCCACAAAUCGAUUCACAUCUAAUUCAACUCUAUGUAAAUUAUUGGACAAAUUCCAAGAUUUUAAAAGAGAACAGUUAA